AAGCGCCGCUCUGACGCCGUCUCCAUGGUGACCACAGUCUCCGCUCCCGACAUGCAGCGCGGUGGACACGUCACGUACGAGACAGAGACAGGGCCUGAAGACACGGAGACCGGAGCUCGGCGGCGGCUGCUUACCGGGGUGGAAACCGGGAGAUAGAUGACCAUAAAUAAACACCGCUGGAAAUGUCCACCAUUCUGUUUGCCUCGGUGGUCCGGGCGAGAGAUGGACUCCCACUAUCGGCUUCCACCGACCACGAGCAGAACAUGUCCGCACAGGAGACCAAGAAGUACCUGAAAGUGCUGUCCCGAAAACUGGAGCAGUUCCCGGACCGCUGCACCAUGAAAAGGGGCCCGCACCAUGUUAACUUCAUCAGCUCCCUGGGCGUCAGCUACAUGAUGUUGUGUUCGGAGAAUUACCCCAGCGUCCUGGCCUUCUGCUUUCUGGAUGAGCUGCAGAAAGAAUUCAUCACCACCUACGAGAUGGUUCACAUCAACUCCGCCAUCAGGCCCUACUCCUUCAUAGAGUUCGAUAAUUUCAUACAGAAGACGAAGCAGAGAUUCAACAACCCGCGGUCACUUACCACCAAGGUGAACCUCGCAGACAUGCAGACGGAAAUCCGACUACGGCCUCCCUACCAGAUCUCACUGCAGGAGCUCGGCCUGGAGAACGGGAUCAACCACCGCCGAGACCCGGCCUAUAAGGGGAUAGCUCCUCACCAGCGGCUGGAACCACUCACCUUGUCUGGGAUCGUCUCGUGUCUGCUCAGUCUCCUCUGUGCGGGUCUCAAUCUCAUCCGGGGAUUCCAUGCAGUAGAAAGUCUCUUACAGAAUGAUGAUGACGCCAGCUGUGUUAUCGCCUUCUUCCUAGGAACAGCCGCCUGCCUCUACCAGUGUUACCUGUUUAUAUACAGCACCAGCUGGAGGAACACAAAGUCAUUCCUGGCCUUCGGCCUCAUCUGCUUGUGUAACAUGUACCUGCAUGAACUGCGCAACCUGUGGCAGCUCUUCUUCCACGUCACCGUUGGAGCGUUCACAACUCUCCAGAUCCGACUGCGGCAGCCACAAACUAAAUCUCCCGACUAUAACGUCUGACCCCGGCUCCUGGGCAGUGGUCGUGUCCUUAAUAUUUGCCUGUUUUUUUGUAUUUUUAUUUUGCAUCCGGUGGCAGCCAUGUUGUGGUGUCCUGACUCAUAGGACCCGUAGCGGAGGCUGCGUACAGGUGAUUUCUAUUCUUUUUGUUGCAGCCUGAGUUAUUGCCUUUGUAAGGCAGUUUUAUUGUUACUAACAAAUAAACAAUUCUGU